AAUAAAUACUAACUUAAAUAGAAAUAAAGAAAGAAAGAAAGAAAGAAAGAGAAACAAACAAGAAAGAAAGAAAACGAUAAACAAAAAGGAUAGGAAGGAAAGAUGCAAACAGAUUUUUGAAUUUUAAACUAUUUGUCCAGUUUUUGUUACAUGUGGUUGUUAAUAAAGGCACGUGUGUGUCAAACAAUCAACUAAAACGGCUUGUCUCUAUAAAUUACAUUUAUUUAUUUAUUUGUUCGUUUGUUUAUGUUCUGUGUGCAUUUUCUAACUCCACCACUAGGCGCCGCUGCUGCUGACGUCCUCUGUGACGUCACCGGAAACAAACCGCGACAGGCUAGGAGAAGAAAACUCCAGGGCUGUUUUCCGAUCCGCGCAUUGCUCACUUUAUAGCGCGCUGUGCGUUAUCAUGGAUUCCCACAAUGCACCUGUGCUGUUGAGGAUAGUGGAGUCGGUUUGGGACGCGUCCAGGUUGGAAAACACUACGGUGGUGUUUAUGUGACGGAAUGUGGGCGCAGCGUGACACAACGAGCAAAAAAACUCGUUCAGCUGUUUAUUAAAAUCCGUAACGUAAGCGCCAAACACACACAUACACACGGUGCUCGUGACUGUCAGAUGUAGGGAACAGUACGUAGGGAUUAGGGCGCCAUUUGGGAUGCGACGCAUGAGAGCAUAACAUGGACCAGCGUUAGAAACGGACGCGCUCGCGCCUCUGCACAGGACAGAACAGGGAGAAUGUGGCGCUCGGUAACGGAGGCGUGCCGCGGCCUCGCGCUGUCCGUGUGGCUCGUGUCGCUGUGCUCGGUGCGCGCGCCGUGCCUGGACUUCGCGGCGGAGAAGGAGGAGUGGUACACGGCCUUCGUCAGCGUCACAUACGUGGACCCGGACACAGCGCAGCUGCGCACCGAGAAGAGCGAGUGCGGUCACUACGGAGAGCAUUCUCCCAAGCGCGACGCCAAGGGCUUGCUCGCCACGGCGGCGUCGGCGCGCGAGCGUCACGCCUGCGACCCCAACACGCGUUUCGCUGUUCCCGACCGAGCCGGCUCGUGGAUCGCCCUGGUCACGCACGGAAACUGCACAUUCAGGGAUAAAAUCCGCCACGCGUCCGGACAGAACGCUUCCGCCGUGGUCAUCUUUAACGUCGGGGCUUCCAACGCCAAUGAGACCAUCACCAUGCCACAUCCGGGUACGGGUGACGUGGUAGCGAUCAUGAUCCCCGAGCACAAAGGCCGUGAGCUGGUGCUGUUACUGGAGAGGAACGUGACGGUGAACAUGCACAUCACCAUCGGGACGCGCAACCUGCAGAAGUACGUGAGCCGAACGUCCGUCGUCUUCGUCUCCAUCUCCUUCAUCGUCCUCAUGAUCAUCUCGCUGGCGUGGCUCGUCUUCUACUACAUCCAGAGGUUCAGAUACGCCAAUGCCCGAGACCGCAACCAGAGGCGACUCGGUGAUGCAGCUAAAAAGGCCAUCAGUCAGCUCCAAGUUCGAACCAUCAGGAAAGGAGACCAGGAGACGGAGUCAGACUUUGAUAACUGCGCUGUGUGUAUCGAAGGCUACAAACCUAACGAUGUGGUGCGAAUUCUCCCCUGCAGGCAUGUCUUCCAUAAAGGCUGUGUGGAUCCUUGGCUGGUGGACCAUCGCACGUGUCCCAUGUGUAAAAUGAACAUCCUGAAAGCGCUCGGGCUCAUGUCGAGUGCAGAAUGCCUUGACGAGCUUCCUCUGGACUAUGACCUGGCCGUCGGGGGCGUGGCCCUGAAUGCCAUGGUGAUGAGCGAUGACGUCCUGGCCGGUGACAUCACAGGGGGGCGUGACCCCGGGGUGAGGAUGGUGGGUCUCCCUCAGGUCCUCCUGGACUCUGAGCCCAUCACAGAGGACACCUUGCUGACUGAGCAGAGUGAACUUCAGCCAAUAGUGAGCAGCGCUUCAGAAGCAUCACUCGCUGAAGGGGCGGGGCAGUAUGAUAUGGACGCAGACAGCAUGGAAUGCCACCUGAGUAGCAGACGCACCUAGCCGAUGACGUCACUGCCUGCUGCGUUCCUACCCUUUACUCUUCCUGUGUGUCUGGUGUUUGAAACGCACCAGUUGCUCUGUCUCUGCUGGUUUACUUCAGAGUGUACACUCGAGUACCGUAUAUUCCGGAUUAUAAGACAUGGUUUAAUCGUAUAGCAGGUGCUGGGGGUGGAUCAUUUCACAAUUAGCCUCAUGUUGCUGGAUUAUAAACCACCACAUGGCAUUCAGCUUUGUAUGUGAAACGUGUACACACCAACCACCCCUAUACUGAAACAUAGACAAUAGCUGAGCGCUUUUCCAUGUGAAAUAUGCAAGAAAUGGACAUUUUUAUUUUUAUUCUUAAUUUACUGAGCUACUCAAACUGUUAAUUUUUUUUUUUAAAACACUGGUUGUAAUCUUUUAUUAGCAUUAUCUAAGUUAUUGAUAUAUCGCUUUAGCGGACGAUUUAAGCGGAUGUGGUGACCAAGGUGGCGUCAUUCCUACAAAAGAACCCUUCAAGACACCGUCUCGGGGUUCUCGGGGGUGGUCAGUGUGAUGCUGGCAUAAUUACUUGCAUAUUUUAUCAAGAAAGCUGUUUGCUAGCUUUAGAAACUUGACAGAUCCACGGUUAAACAUGGGCCAGCUAGCUCGAAACUAGCUGUUUAGCUAAUGCACACCAAUGGCCUCCCGUCGUAACAGCAAAAUAACACUAGCUAGAUAGCUAGCUUUUAUUUCUUUUUUUAUUUCUUCAUUUUUUUUUAGAAAUGUAUGCUUUUUAAUACAUUUUUAUCAGGCACAUGUGUGUGAUGUCACAUGACCUUUGUCUAAGAAGCGUAGCCGACGGCUAAUCGAACAGAAAAUACGGCGUGUGUCUCAACCAGCGCUCAAGUUCUUUACGGUGGUGAAUCACUGUAUGGUGUACACUCAAUUUCUGGCGACAUGACUACGUACUCGUGCUGUAAAACAUCACCAAAAGUUAAAAACUUAACAAUAUUUAAGUUUUAUAUGUCAUAUAAAUUUGUUAAUGUAAUCACACGUAGUUUUGUCAUAAUAUGUCAAGCAGGAUCAAACAAACCACGUAUAGAACGUCAAAUAAAUUUGAGUAAUCAUUUGAGAGCCAUGAUUACAAGCUACUUACAUUUGUAGACGCAGUUGGCUGAGAGUUCAUUCCUCCGUUUUGUUUCGAGCUGAGACGCUUCAGAAAACAUGACGUCAUUUCCAGUAAGGGAACAUGGUGCAUCGAUGCUCCUGGGUUUUGCGGUGCAUUGUGGGAUUUUUCUAGGGAGCGAACACUUGCGAUCGAGACAGCCCUUAAAAUGGCUGCCUGCCUGAUCAGUGCCCUGACUGCUGAACUACAGAGCUGAUUGAGACGCACCCAUGGUGACAAGACAGACCAGCACAGUUAGCUCAACUAAGUAUAAAUACAGUCGUAGUUUGGAGCUAGCAAUGCUAACGUAACCAAACAGAACGCGGUCGGUUUUGCACUCGAUAACAUGAAGUAAAAAAGAGAUAAUGUCACUACAGGCUUCCUUCUUCCUUUCCACGUAUUCUUCCUGUUUAGCUGAUAAACGGAUAUUUAACAUAAAUCUCGCCUUAAUUUACGACACAAGUUAGCUAGAGAGAUUACUAUUUGCUAACUGUAGGUUGGCUAUGCUUCUUACGUUUAGGUCACGUGACACGCAUGGGUCUUAUGCUAAUGAAUUGGCUAAUAUUUUAAAAAUGUUAAAGUUUUCAGCUAUUAAAACACUACGUAGCUCAGCAGGAGGAUCGCACCAGGUGUUAUAGUCCGGAAAAUACACUACACUAGUUAGUUUUCAGCAGACAGUUGACUUUCACUGCCUUCAAGUCCUUCUCGGAAGUGUGUAUGUCACGAGUUUGAAGUAUGAUGUGAUGUGCGUUGAAGUGGUUGUGGGGGCAGAAACAAAAUGGAUGCCAUGGAAAAUGGCGUUUUUUUGUUUUGUUUUAUUGUUCUGUCAGAUGAGAGGUCGAAUAUAUUUUGCAACAAAAUGAACCGAAUAGUGUUUUUUAAUUUAUUUUUUUUACCCAGUUUAGUAUUAUUCACAUGUUUCUGGAGGAUGAUUGUAGUAAUUCUUAUCGAUUCGUACAUUAUAAACAAUCUGUAUGAAUCGCAGACGUGGGUGUGGCUUCACCAAAUGCACUCGUCAUGCUAAAAAUUCCAUCCGUACUACUACACCACGCCUUAUUUUAAUACCAACGUAUUGUUUUGAUCUGUAUCGUAAGCGCUCGUUGUAGGGGCGUGGCCUUGCACAUCACGCUUGUUUGUUAGUAGGUCACGUGACCAUCACGUGUCUGUAAGCUAUACCUGCGCUCGAAACUUUCUGCUUCUCUUUAUUAUUCUGUUUUAAACCAGACUUGGCUUUCAAAGAGGAUAGAAAAGCGAACAUUUCCUGUAGUGUCUCUUACUUUUUAAUUGUUUUGAUUGUUACCCCACCUCCACGCGUAAAACUAAUCCCGUCCGAAUAAAGCUUCAUCCACGUCUAUGUCUAUCAUUUCUUCAAAUCUGCGUUCAAAUUGUUUUCUCGACACGCCCACAACACGUCAACGUGUUUUUUGUUGGGUUUUUUUCUUCUCUCCAUAGAAAAAUCCGACGCUAAUCUCGUAAUUCCGACGUUUCCGUCAGGACUUGAAGGCCGAACUCGUUCUGCUCGACAAUCAGCUCGCUUUUCGAUUCCUACAUGGAAUUUUCUUCCAUUCCGUCUUCUACCGAACCGAGUGGAUUGAGGAAGGGGGACAUUUUAACAUUUCAGAAAGGAAAUUAAAAAAAAAGCAGUGUUUUAUUUUUCUAUAGAAGUGCACUUGAAGUGUGGACGAGUGCAGUGUUUCAAAGACGCUUCGGGAUGAUCGAAAUGGCCACGUUUAUUUAAAAAAAAAAAAAAAAAAACUCAUGCCAAACUCGUGACUGGAGAGUUUUUUUGCUCGUGUCAUGUUUUUUUUCUUUUCUUUCCACAGAAAGUGCUCUUGACCUCAUGGACCACAGCAUUUCAUACGCCUAGAGCAUGACAGCAAGCCUUUGCACACGUGUUUGUAUGUGAUUGGAUUCCAUUGAACUUUGUAUGUUGGUUUUUGUUUCCUCUGCACGAUAAUUUUAUUGUAUAUUGUAAAUAGAGGCAUUUUGUCAAA